AGCCGCAGCAGGCCGCCGGGCCGCCGUACGCUUCCUGGCAUUAUGAACACGCCCCCACGCCGGGCGCCGCGCCUCCCCCCAGGUUCUUCACCAGAAGUACCGGGCAGAGCGUGGAGAGCACGUCUCUGCAGAGCAACGCCAGUGGUCGUGGCAGCCCCAAAGUGCUGCUCGGCAAAGACGGGAGCAUGAGGGUGGAGUUCACCAACGCCAGGGGAGUCUCGGUGGAGACGCAGGGGCUCGCCGGCGCCACGACGGCAACCGAACCCUCGCUGCGCACCAGCAAAGGCAGCUCGCUGAGCUCGGACGGGUCCUGGUACGACUCGCCGUGGGGGACGGCCGGCGAGCUGGCCGACAACGUCUUCGUCUGCGCGCCGAGCAGCGGCCACGCUGCCUACUACUCGGCACGCACGGACGAGAUGGCCAACGGUAACGCUAUGGACGACUCGGUCGGGUUCAACGCCAGCGUCUUGUUCCCCGGUGCUUCCGGCGAGAACGGCGAGUUCUCCGGCGCCUACAACACGUGUUCCUCUGGGCCCACCGAGGACAGCGAGUUCUCCGGCGCCUACAACACGUGUUCCUCUGGGCGCACCGAGGACAGCGGCAUCGGGGACUCGGUGAUCCUGCCGGCCGACCUGCGAGACUUCAGCUCGGUCUCGCUGGACAGCCUUUACCAAAACACCGAGCAGCAGCCGCCCGCUGCCUUCCCUACCGCACCGGACACCGCCGGCGCCUUCUGCUGCUCGGCGCCGCGGCUGGAUGACAUCAUCGCAGAAGAGGAUUUGGGGUCAGGCGUGGAGCAGCAGCGGUACGUCUCGCUGACGCUCCCCUGUCGCAGGACCGAGUCCGUCGGAGCUACAGCCGGGAACAGCCGCAAAGACUUCCUGAAGAGCCGGAUCCGACAACUCAGCGACUGGACGGGCAGCCUGAGCAGGAAGAAGAGGAGGAUCCAGGAGCCGUACGGCAGCGACAGCAGCAAUGCUUGCGACCUGCUGUGGUCCUCCAACCCUCUCCACGCUCAGAACCAGAACCAGAGCCAGAACCAGGUCCCAGCAGCCCCCUGGGGCUCCUUCAAGAGCCUCAACCAGAACCAGGUCCCAACAGCCCCCUGGGGGCCCUUCAGGACCCUUAAUCAGAAACAGAGCCAGAGCCUGAGCAGCGAUACCCAGCGGCAGAACAUCUACGAAAACUUCAUGCAGGAGCUGGAGACAGGCCAGACCGAGCUGUCGGACGGGGAUGGAGAUGAGGAGGAGAGGGAGGAAGAGAUGGAAGGAGGGAAGGAGGAGGAGGAGGAGGGGGGAACCGGCCGGCUGGACUUCCUGUUUGAGACGGAGCAGGGCGCCGUGCGGCGGGCUGGAUGGCUCUCCUUUAAAGCUCUCAUCACCGUCAGCAAAGACAGGAAGCUGGAGCUGGUCGCUCGCCGCAAGUGGAAGCACUACUGGGUCACCCUGAAAGGCUGCUCUCUGCUGUUUUAUGAGACCUACGGGAAGACGCUCGGGGCCGAGCGGGAGCUCUCGCCGCGCUACGCCCUGCUGGCGGACGACAGCAUCGUGCAGGCCGUCCCCGAACAUCCCAAAAAGGAGCACGUCUUCUGUCUUAGCAACGCGCACGGAGACGUCUACCUCUUCCAGGCCACCACCCAGACAGACCUGGAGAACUGGGUGACUGCGAUCCACUCGGCGAGCGCGGCCCUGCUGGCUAGGCGGCGUGGGACGGAGGACACGCUGAGGCUGCUGCGCGUCCAGAGCAACAUCCUGCUGCACAGCAUCGACAUGGACGCCAAGAUGAAGAAGAUGGCCGAGCUGCAGCUGUCCGUCAUCAAGGAGCCCCGCAACAGGAAGGCCGUGGAGAGCCAGAUCCAGCAGUGGGACCAGAACCUGGAGAAACUGAACUUGGAUCUGUUCCGUGUGCGCUGCUAUCUGUCCAGCCUGCAGGGCGGCGAGCUGCCCAACCCCAAGAGCCUACUCGCCGCCGCCAGCCGGCCCUCCAAGAGCAUGCUGGGACGGCUGGGCGUUUUCUCCGUGUCCUCCUUCCAUGCUCUGGUGUGCAGCAGAGACGAGGGAACGCUACGGAGACGCAGCCGCUCUCUGUCGGGAGGAAGCAGCCGGAGGCGAGGCCUGCCGUCCUCUCUGAGGGCGCUGGACGCACCCAAGAGACGCAGCAGGGACGCCAGACACUCCACGGCCCAGCAGAAACGGGAAGGCGAGCCCGCUCAGAGGGAGGUGGCGCCCCCUGCAGGACGUCCUGACACACUGCAGGUGUGUGAGCAGCUUCCAGAUGUUUUCACUCUGAACAUCUGUCGACUCGACGCGGCCACAGACUUCGGGUUUGGGGUGAAAGGUCACAUGGACGGAGCAGGGAGGAGUCACGUGCACGUCAGCGCCGUGGAGCCACUGGGCCUGUCUGCUAGAGAAGGCCUCAGGGUGGGUGACGAGGUCCUGGUGGUGAAUGGGGCGGUCCUGUCCGGUCUGGACCUGGACCUGAUGCAGAGCAUCUUCAGCCACAGGAAGCUGCAGCUGCUGCUGCGGAGAGACGGGACACAGGGCCCCCCCACUGACCCCCCCACUGGCCCCCCUACUGGCCCCUGCCAGCCCCCGGACCCCCACACCUGGACCAACACCUGGACCAACACCGAUGGUCCAGACGGCGCUGUUUGGGACAACGUGUCCGAGGAGGACGAGCUGCAGAGACAGGACGUGGGGCGGGUUCAGGCCCUGUACCAAACGUUCUCUGAGCGGCGAGCGGCGGACGGCAACGCUGCCAGGAACCCGUACGAACCCGCCCACCUCAGCGUGUGUCAGCGGCUGCGGCGAGUCAUCGAGGAGCUGGUCGACACCGAGAAGUCCUACGUUAACGACCUGGUGUGUCUCUUUGACCUCUACCUGACUCCGCUGCAGAAGGAGACCUUCCUCAGUAAAGAAGAGAUGGAGGCGCUGUUCGGCAGCCUGCCCGAGAUGUUGGACUUCCAGAGAGUGUUUCUGCAGAACCUGGAGGAGAGGAUUGCCUCGUGCCCCAACUUCAGCCACCUGGAAACCCCCGCACAGUUCAAGAAACUCCUCUUCUCAUUGGGCGGAUCUUUCCUCUACUAUGCCGACCACUUCAAGCACUACAGCGGCUUCUGUGCCAACCACAUCAAAGUCCAGAAAGUUCUGGAGAGAGCGAAGACAGACAGCGCCUUCAAGCACUUCCUGGAGGCGAGGAAUCCGACCAAUCAGCACUCGUCGUCUCUGGAGUCGUACCUGAUCAAACCUGUUCAGAGAGUACUGAAGUAUCCACUGCUGCUGAGAGAGCUGGUGUCUCUGACCGACCCCGAGAGCCCCGAGCACACACACCUGACAGAGGCGCUGAGAGCGAUGGAGAAGGUGGCGACGCACAUCAACGAGAUGCAGAAGAUCUACGAGGAUUAUGGCAGCGUGUUCGACCAGCUGGCCGCCGAGCAGAGCGCGCCCGACAGACAGGUGACUGAGAUCUCGAUGGGGGAGUUCCUGGUCCAUUCGUCGGUGCUUUGGCUGAACCCCCUUCCCUCUCUGGGACGCCUGAGGAAAGAACCGGAGCUCACUCUGUUCGUGUUCAAACGGGCCGUCAUCCUGGUUUACCGUGACAACAGCAAACUGAAGAAGAGGAUGACGGGCUCUCGGUCAGCUGAUCUGGACCCCUUCAGGUUCCGCUGGUUAAUCCCAGUGUCAGCGGUUCAGGUCCGACCGGCCAACAUCACAGGCUCAGAGAACCAGUGCGUGUGGGAGCUCGUUCACAGCCGGUCGGAGGUCGAGGGACGACCGGAGACGGUGUUUCAGCUCUGCAGCAGUGGUUUGGACACGAAGGCGAGCGUGCUGCGAGCUCUGCGCGUUCUCCUCCGAGAGAGAGCGCCCGCCGCCGGCUCCCUGAGGAGGAGGCAGCAGCGCUGUCGUUCCAAAACCCACGGGACGUCCCAUCAUCAUCAUCAUCAUCGGGAGGAGGAGGAAGGCUGCCGCCGCCAGCACCAACGCUGCGUUCUGGGAGAAACCUGCUCGGAGCCUCUGCUGCCGAGCCGGGCCAACCCUGCAGGGAAGAGGACGAGACUGCGCUCGCUGACCGGUGAGCUCGAGGCUCAGCUACAGAGGCUCAACUUCGCCGAAGAGGAGGACACGGAGCGAGGAACGCCGCCGGCGGCGCUGCUAGCGUGUCAGAGCGGCUGCAGGAGAAGGCGGAGCUCCAGUCUGCACCGGAGCCCUGGGGGAGAAGGGCCAGAUGGUGGCAGCAGAAGCCCGCUGGAGAGAGACUUCAGCGUUCAGAGCAUGACCUCCAUGAUCAACGAGGACUGCUUCUACGACAGCGUGCUGGGGAUGCAGAAGGCUGCUUAUCACACGCUGCAGAGCUAACAUGCUAACGUUAUCACACACUGCAGAGCUAACAUGCUAACGUUAGGGGGUGUGUAGUGCUACCGGAGCGCACCAGAACGAGGCUGCAGACCAAAACCUGCUGGUACCUUAACCAUAAAUAGACGAAUAGAGGAAAAAUAUCACAAUAAACACAACAAGAGCCCUCACAAAAAAAUCAUCCACGGGACACACCAAACAGACUUGAAUCACUGACCUCGCCAGACUGUCAGACGGCCGAUUUACAAAAGCUUGUCACUGGGGUGGUACCCUCUAAGGUAAAUUGUUGUACUCAAGAAAAAAAGGGGAAGUUCUCUGCGCUUCUGCAGACCACAACAAGCCGGUGCAACCAAAGCAGGACACAACAGCACAAAUAGCAAAAAAUUGCUGGUGCAACACAGAUGUCUUCUACUUGAUGAUUUUAUUUCUUAAGGUGCAUAACAGUGACUAACGU